UCGCCUCCCGCGCUGCUGUCCCCGGCUCCGCCGAGCGCACUCCCCCGACGCCGCAGCCGCGAGCCGGGCAGCGCCGGACGCCGAGAUGAAGGUGCUGGGACACAAGAUCGAGCUGCUGACAGGGCUCCUGCUCCACGACGUGACCAUGGCCGGCCUGCAGGAGCUGCGAUUCCCCGAGGAGAAGCCACUGCUCCGGGGCCAGGACGCCGCGGAGCUGGAGAACUCUGACUCCUUCCUCUUGGCUGUGGACACAGACUGGAAGGAACAUGACAUCGAGACGCCUUACGGCCUUCUGCACGUCGUGAUCCGGGGCUCCCCCAAGGGGAACCGCCCGGCUAUCCUCACCUACCAUGACGUGGGGCUCAACCACAAGCUGUGCUUCAAUACCUUCUUCAAUUUUGAGGACAUGCAGGAGAUCACCAAGCACUUCGUGGUGUGCCACGUGGACGCCCCGGGUCAGCAGGUGGGGGCGUCACAGUUUCCUCAGGGGUACCAGUUCCCCUCCAUGGAGCAGCUGGCCGCCAUGCUCCCCAGUGUGGUACAGCACUUCGGGUUCAAGUACGUGAUUGGCAUUGGAGUGGGAGCCGGAGCCUAUGUGCUGGCCAAGUUCGCACUCAUCUUCCCCGACCUGGUGGAGGGGCUGGUGCUGAUGAACAUCGACCCCAACGGCAAAGGCUGGAUCGACUGGGCGGCCACCAAGCUCUCCGGCCUCACCAGCACUUUACCCGACACGGUGCUAUCCCACCUCUUCAGCCAGGAGGAGCUGGUGGGCAACACAGAGUUGGUGCAGAGCUACCGGCAGCAGAUCUCGAACGUGGUGAAUCAGGCCAACCUGCAGCUCUUCUGGAACAUGUACAACAGCCGCAGAGACCUGGACAUUAACCGGCCUGGGACAGUGCCCAACGCCAAGACACUCCGCUGCCCCGUGAUGCUGGUGGUCGGGGAUAACGCACCUGCCGAGGAUGGCGUGGUCGAGUGCAACUCCAAACUGGAUCCAACCACCACGACCUUCCUGAAGAUGGCAGAUUCCGGGGGUCUCCCCCAGGUCACACAGCCCGGGAAGCUGACUGAAGCCUUCAAAUACUUCCUGCAAGGCAUGGGCUACAUUGCGUACUUGAAGGACCGAAGGCUGAGUGGUGGAGCAGUGCCCUCGGCCAGCAUGACUCGUCUUGCCCGCUCGCGCACCGCGUCCCUCACCAGCGCCAGCUCGGUGGACGGCGGCCGCCCGCAGGCCUGCACCCACUCGGAGAGCAGCGAGGGGCUGGGCCAGGUCAACCACACCAUGGAGGUGUCCUGUUGAAGCCCCGGGUCCCGCGAAGACGCCCACUCGUCCCCCUUCACCCGCAUCGACGUCCCACGGCCACCCUCUCGCGGCUCAUUUCCCCUUUAGUUUAUUUUUGUGAGGGCAAAGGGGGAGGAAAUGGGGUUACUUCUCUUUUGUUUAAAAAGAAGAGGGGAUCCGUCUAGAUGCUGCAGCGGAACAGUCUCCAGAUGGUUUGAGGGGCUCACUCCUCCCCACCCCAUUCCCCUCACGCACCUCGUUAACUUGGCUGACUCAGUCCCUCUCUUCCGACUCCCCAAGGCCCCGGCACAGUGAGGGCACCUUUCCAGGGAGGGAAGGGGAUUAGCUCAGGAAAGACUCAGAGUCCUCCUCUGACCAGGAUCCAGGAUAACAUCCUGGGUCAAAGAAAGCAUGGGUUGACCCCCUGGGCCAGGCAGGUUUUAAGAUGGGGAGGGGAUUUUGAGGUGGUGGGUGCUGGGCCAGCAGGAACACGGGGUCCAGCUCGCGCACUGGCGUGAGGACCAGGAGACAGCUCCUUUCCUCUGCAGCCCCAACACCUAGCGCGUCUGUUUUUCUUCUUAGCACCUAUGACAGUCGUCUGAACAGCAGCCACAAGGGGGCGCUACUACCAGACAGCAGUUUUGCGGGUGCUCUCCCGGCAGGCCUGGUGCCCUAGGGCCAGGCAGGCAGGGGCUGAAGGGGGCUGCUUUGAACACGGAGACAGAACACGAAGGACCCGAGGGCAGGAACCCUAUAGACUGUCCCUUCCAGCUCCACACUCGGCCACCUCCUGGCCCUGGCCGGUUGCUGAGCCAAGGCCCUGAGGCAGAACCUCACCUGGUCCUCUGCCUCCAUAGGGAGCUGACUGGGGCUGAGGUUAAAGGCUGGGAUAGCCUUUGAGUGUUGGGUGUACUAAUGAGAACUUCGUGGUGACUGCUUUUGGAAGCCUGCACAGUGGCGGCUCAGAAUUCCUAUAGAGUUCCCUCAGAGACCCCCCUUUUUGCCCCCAGGUCCCAUGGAGGACAACUCAGUAGCAGCGUGGCCAAGGUCACUAGAAAUGUUUCUAGAGAGAGUUCUAGACAAGAUAUGCCAGUGUUUCACAUAGGCACCACUGAGCAAGUUCAUGUGGAGAAACCUGGUCCAAGGUAGUCCCACAUCACUGUCCUAGCCAGGUGGAGGAGGCCUAGGCUGGGGCUUGCUGGCGCCCGGGUUGGGAGGUGACGUUUCCUGAAGUGAACAAGGGCCAGGCGGAAGAGCAAGGCUCUCCACACCCCAGCCCCUUCCUGUCACCCGAAGCCCAGCAGUGUGCCAUAUACUUCCUAUCCACCCACCUUACCAGGUAGAAUCUCCUGGUCCAGAAACCAGAAGCCAUUUGUCUCUAAGCCUAAAUCAAUUGCCAUAAGCCCCCAAAUGAGCAAAGAGAAGAGGAGAGAGCAAUGAAAAAUGCAGGACUGUGGAGGGGGUUGGGUGCUUGUGGGGCUGAGGAGACACCUGCAUCCACAUUUCCUCUGCAUAUGUCACCCCCUUCUAUACUCUUAAGCCAUUACUCUAGACUGCUCUAGAGCCCGUGGAGUGUUAGUCUGUCCCCAGUUCUGUUCACUCACGUGCUUCCUCUGAAUAUCGAAUGUGACUGUUUGAAAGCUGGUGGAAUUAAUCCCUUACUGUAGAUAGCGCUGUGAAUCUUGGAUUUCUUUUCUGUGUUCUUUCAGAUGAGAUAUCUAUAAAUAUCUAUACAUUAUAUAUAUGUAUAUUGGGUACUCCCACGUGUGGCUUUCCAUCGGAGGUUGUGUCUUCUUUGGUCAAAGUGAACUUUUAAUGGAAUUAUUUUCCUCUCUGUACAAAGUGAAGAGCCUACUCUUGUGUAUUCUGGUGGCUGAUGUCCUGAGACUCUUGAGAUGACAAAAUGUAAAACAAAACCCCUUGUCAACGUAGAAAGACUUAACUGUGCUGAAAAACUAAUAAAGUAAUAA